AUGGAUUUAUUCAAGAAUUCUCGCGUGUAUGUGCUCGCCACCGUGGCGUACACGGGUUCGUUCCUAUUCGGAUAUGACACGGGUGUGAUGGGUAGCGUGCUGGAACUUGAUAGUUUCAAGGCCGACUUUGGACUUCUGAGUGGAAGUCCUGGUUUUUCAAGUUCCAAGAAUGCGCAAGUUUCAUCGAACGUCGUCUCACUUCUCACUGCCGGAUGUUUCUUUGGCGCUAUCCUCGGGUCCUUUGUGAACGAGAAGUUUGGCCGUCGCUAUUCCAUCAUAGGCUUCCUGCUGAUCUUCCUUGUCGGUGCUGCUGUCCAGACCGCCGCUCACAGCGAGCUAUCUUAUAUAUACGGUGGACGGGUGAUUGCAGGCUUCGGAGUAGGAGGCAUGUCAUCUAUCACUCCAGUCUUCGUGUCCGAGAACUGCCCACCGGCCAUUCGUGGUCGCAUUGCUGGCCUAUUCCAGGAGUUCCUCGUCAUUGGUGUUACCAUUGCAUACUGGCUUUGUUAUGGUGUGGCAGAAACCAUAGGUCCCACAACGAAACAGUGGCGCAUCCCCAUUGGUUUUCAGCUUGUGCCAGGUGGUCUCAUGAUGAUUGGCAUGUUCUUUUUAAAGGAAUCUCCUCGUUGGUUAGCCAAAGAAAAUCGUCUCGAAGAAGCCAUCGAAGCCCUUGCAUAUAUGCGCGCCGAGCCAACUACGAGCCCCACGGUCCAGGCCGAGAUGGCGGAAAUCAAAGCAGCUGUUGAACACGAAGUCGAAUCAACCCAGGGGCUUACGUGGCGAGAGCCAUUUCAAUCUGGAAACCGUAUUCGCUUCAUGAACUGUUUCUUGAUGAUGUUCUGGCAGCAGUGGACGGGCACCAACAGCAUCGGAUAUUAUGCUCCCCAGCUGUUCCAAACCGUUGGAGUAUCUGGAGGUAACACGAGUUUAUUCACAACGGGUAUCUACGGUAUUGUCAAGGUAGUGGCUACCGGAAUCUUCCUCGUCAUUGGUAUCGACAAGAUUGGGCGGCGUUGGUCUCUCAUUGUUGGAGCUAUUUGGAUGUGCGCAAUGAUGUUUAUCCUGGGUGGUGUUUUGGUGUCCUAUCCUCCAGACCCUGACGGUGCCGGUGGUAUUUCGUCUGCAUCUCUCGCUAUGAUCGUCAUGAUCUAUCUAUACGUCAUUGGCUACUCCGCGUCCUGGGGACCGAUCCCAUGGGUUUACGUCUCUGAAAUUUUCCCAACUCGCCUUCGUGCGUACGGUGUUGGUUGCGGAUCGGCAACCCAAUGGCUCUUCAACUUUGUGGUGACCUAUGUAACUCCCGCGGCCAUCAGUAACCUUGGGUGGCGGACCUUCAUCAUGUUUGGUGUCUUCUGCGUUGCCAUGGCCGUGUGGGUUUUCCUUGUCGUCAGGGAAACGAAGGGUCGCUCUCUCGAGGAGAUGGACGUCCUCUUCGAGAAGUUCCAUGCCUUUGGCAGUCUGCGUAAUACUGAUAUUGAAACCGCGAACACAUCGAAGGUUUCCUUCGAUGACGCUGGUACUUCGGAUCAUAAUGAAGUACAGGCCGUUGCAAUUGAGGAUCGUGCGGUGAGAUAA